GCAGAGGCGCGGAGAGCGCUCCCCGGCGGGUCCCCCGCGCACUCGCCGCGCCCGGGCAGCGGCCCGACCCGGCGAGCAUGGGCGGCGCGGAGUGACGCCGCCGUGCCCGCUUGGCAUCAAGGACAUUCAGCCCGCGGGGGUGGGGACGAAGGGGGGCAGCCCCGCGUCGCCACCGCAGCCCCCGAGAGCCGCCGCCGCUGCUUGGGCUCCAGGGCUGGCUGGAGGAAAGAGGUGCUUGGGAUCGAUCCACAUUUUCCGACCUUUUUGUUGGACAUUACGCCCACCUUGGACGCUGCAAGAGGAGCUGUCAAGCCCCGGAGGCUCUGAGCGGGCCCCCUCCGCUUUCCUUUGCUGCUCCCGGCUUCCCUGUGCCUCCGUGGAGUAUUUGCGUUCGGGGCUGGGGCUGGAGGAGGCAGCCACACGCGCGCACACGCACACGUUCAGAGGAGGGCGAGAGGCAGCGGCACAGGCACCAUCUGCAGUGUCAAUGCGGCGCGCCCGCUGAAGGAGGGAAACGCGGCGCAUCCAGGGGAGACUGCACUCCUGAGUCCUGGCCCUCCGAGGGGACGGCCGCACCCGAGUGCUGCUCUGCCGCCAGGACCGUCUCUGCAAUGAAAGCCAUGCCCUGGAACUGGACCUGCCUGCUGUCCCACCUGCUCAUGGUGGGGAUGGGCUCCUCCACGCUGCUCUCCCGGCAGCCGUCCCCGCCGUCCCAGAAGCGGUCUUUUGUCACUUUCCGAGGGGAGCCCGCCGAGGGCUUCAACCACCUGGUGGUGGACGAGAGGACAGGACACAUUUACUUGGGGGCCGUCAACCGGAUUUACAAGCUCUCCAGUGACCUGAAGGUCUUGGUGACCCACCAGACAGGGCCAGAUGAGGACAACCCCAAGUGCUACCCGCCCCGCCUCGUCCAGACCUGCAGCGAGCCCCUGACCACCACCAAUAACGUCAACAAGAUGCUCCUCAUAGACUACAAGGAGAACAGGCUGAUUGCGUGCGGGAGCCUGUACCAGGGCAUCUGCAAGCUGCUGCGGCUGGAGGACCUCUUCAAGCUGGGGGAGCCCUUCCACAAGAAGGAGCACUACCUGUCCGGCGUCAACGAGAGCGGCUCGGUCUUCGGCGUGAUCGUCUCCUACAGCAACCUGGACGACAAGCUCUUCAUCGCCACGGCAGUGGACGGGAAGCCCGAGUACUUCCCUACCAUCUCCAGCCGGAAGCUGACCAAGAACUCGGAGGCGGACGGCAUGUUCGCUUAUGUCUUCCAUGAUGAGUUUGUGGCCUCGAUGAUCAAGAUCCCUUCGGACACCUUCACCGUCAUCCCUGACUUUGAUAUCUACUACGUCUAUGGUUUCAGCAGUGGUAACUUUGUCUACUUUCUAACCCUUCAGCCUGAGAUGGUGUCUCCCCCAGGCUCCACCACCAAGGAGCAGGUCUACACGUCCAAGCUCGUGAGGCUGUGCAAGGAGGACACGGCCUUCAACUCCUACGUGGAGGUGCCCAUCGGCUGUGAGCGCAGCGGGGUGGAGUACCGCCUGCUGCAGGCCGCCUACCUGUCCAAAGCUGGGGCCGUGCUUGGCCGGACCCUUGGAGUCCGUCCAGACGAUGACCUGCUCUUCACUGUCUUCUCCAAGGGCCAGAAGCGCAAGAUGAAAUCCCUGGACGAGUCGGCCCUGUGCAUCUUCAUCUUGAAGCAGAUCAACGACCGCAUUAAGGAGCGGCUGCAGUCCUGCUACCGGGGUGAGGGCACGCUGGACCUGGCCUGGCUCAAGGUCAAGGACAUCCCCUGCAGCAGUGCGCUCCUGACCAUUGAUGAUAACUUCUGUGGCCUGGACAUGAACGCGCCCCUGGGAGUGUCCGACAUGGUGCGUGGCAUCCCCGUCUUCACCGAGGACAGGGACCGCAUGACUUCUGUCAUCGCCUACGUCUACAAGAAUCACUCUCUGGCCUUCGUGGGCACCAAGAGUGGCAAGCUGAAGAAGAUCCGGGUGGAUGGGCCCAGGGGCGGCGCCCUGCAGUACGAGACCGUGCAGGUGGUGGACCCCGGCCCGGUCCUGCGGGAUAUGGCCUUCUCCAAGGACCAUGAGCAGCUCUACAUCAUGUCAGAAAGGCAGCUCACCAGAGUCCCUGUGGAGUCCUGUGGUCAGUAUCGGAGCUGUGGCGAGUGCCUUGGCUCAGGCGACCCCCACUGUGGCUGGUGCGUGCUCCACAACACGUGCACCCGGAAGGAGCGCUGCGAGCGGUCCAGGGAGCCCCGCAGGUUUGCCUCGGAGAUGAAGCAGUGUGUGCGGCUGACGGUCCACCCCAGCAACAUCUCCGUCUCCCAGUACAACGUGCUGCUGGUCCUGGAGACAUACAAUGUCCCAGAGCUGUCAGCUGGCGUCAACUGCACCUUUGAGGACCUGUCAGAGAUGGAUGGGCUGGUGGUGGGCAAUCAGAUCCAGUGCUACUCCCCCGCAGCCACGGAGAUGCCCCGCAUCCUCACGGAGAACGGGGAUCACCACGUCGUACAGCUGCAGCUCAAAUCCAAGGAGACGGGCAUGACCUUCGCCAGCACCAGCUUUGUCUUCUACAACUGCAGCGUUCACAAUUCGUGCCUGUCCUGCGUGGAGAGCCCGUACCGCUGCCACUGGUGUAAAUACAGGCACGUCUGCACCCACGACCCCAAGACCUGCUCCUUCCAGGAGGGCCGAGUGAAGCUGCCUGAGGACUGCCCCCAGCUGCUGCGAGUGGACAAGAUCCUGGUGCCCGUGGAGGUGAUCAAGCCCAUCACUCUGAAGGCCAAGAACCUCCCCCAGCCCCAGUCCGGGCAGCGCGGCUACGAGUGCGUCCUGAACAUCCAGGGCAGCGAGGAGAGGGUGCCGGCCCUGCGCUUCAACAGCUCCAGCGUGCAGUGCCAGAACACCUCUUAUUCCUACGAAGGCAUGGAGAUCAACAACCUGCCCGUGGAGCUGACGGUUGUGUGGAACGGGCACUUCAACAUCGACAACCCGGCUCAGAACAAAGUUCACCUCUACAAGUGCGGAGCCAUGCGUGAGAGCUGCGGGCUGUGCCUCAAGGCCGACCCAGACUUCGCAUGCGGCUGGUGCCAGGGCCCGGGCCAGUGCACCCUGCGCCAGCACUGCCCUGCCCAGGAGAGCCGCUGGCUGGAGCUGUCGGGCCCCAACAGCAAGUGCACGAACCCCCGCAUCACGGAGAUAAUCCCAGUGACAGGCCCCCGGGAAGGGGGCACCAAGGUCACCAUCCGAGGGGAGAACCUGGGCCUGGAAUUCCGCGACAUCGCCUCGCACGUCAAGGUGGCCGGCGUGGAGUGCAGCCCGUUGGUGGACGGCUACAUACCUGCAGAACAGAUUGUGUGCGAGAUGGGGGAGGCCAAGCCCAGCCAGCACGCGGGCUUCGUGGAGAUCUGCGUGGCUGUGUGUCGACCUGAGUUCAUGGCCCGGUCCUCGCAGCUCUACUACUUCAUGACGCUGACUCUCUCAGACCUGAAGCCCAGCCGGGGGCCCAUGUCUGGGGGCACCCAAGUGACCAUCACAGGCACCAACCUGAAUGCCGGCAGCAACGUGGUGGUGAUGUUCGGGAAGCAGCCCUGCCUCUUCCACAGGCGAUCUCCAUCCUACAUAGUCUGCAACACCACGUCCUCAGACGAGGUGCUGGAGAUGAAGGUAAUGGUGCAGGUGGACAGGGCCAAGAUCCACCAGGACCUGGUCUUCCAGUACGUGGAGGACCCCACCAUCGUGCGCAUUGAGCCGGAGUGGAGCAUCGUCAGUGGCAACACACCCAUUGCUGUGUGGGGGACGCACCUGGACCUCAUACAGAACCCCCAGAUCCGCGCCAAGCACGGAGGGAAGGAGCACAUCAACAUCUGCGAGGUUCUGAACGCCACCGAGAUGACCUGCCAGGCUCCAGCCCUCGCGCUGGGUCCCGACCACCAGUCUGACCUGACAGAGAGGCCUGAGGAGUUUGGCUUCAUCCUGGACAACGUCCAGUCCCUGCUAAUCCUCAACAAGACCAACUUCACCUACUACCCAAACCCUGUGUUUGAGGCCUUUGGCCCCUCAGGGAUCCUGGAGCUCAAGCCCGGCACGCCCAUCAUCCUAAAGGGGAAGAACCUGAUCCCUCCCGUGGCCGGGGGCAACGUGAAGCUGAACUACACCGUGCUGGUCGGGGAGAAGCCAUGCACUGUGACCGUGUCAGAUGUGCAGCUGCUGUGCGAGUCCCCGAACCUCAUCGGCAGGCACAAAGUGAUGGCCCGUGUCGGCGGCAUGGAGUACUCCCCGGGGAUGGUGUACAUCGCCCCGGACAGCCCGCUCAGCCUGCCCGCCAUCGUCAGCAUCGCCGUGGCCGGCGGCCUCCUCAUCAUCUUCAUCGUGGCCGUGCUCAUCGCCUACAAACGCAAGUCCCGUGAGAGCGACCUCACGCUGAAGCGGCUGCAGAUGCAGAUGGACAACCUGGAGUCCCGCGUAGCCCUGGAGUGCAAGGAAGCUUUUGCUGAGCUGCAGACAGACAUUCACGAGUUGACCAGUGACCUGGACGGAGCUGGGAUUCCCUUCCUGGACUACAGGACUUACACCAUGCGGGUGCUGUUCCCGGGAAUCGAAGACCACCCUGUCCUCCGGGACCUCGAGGUCCCGGGCUACCGACAGGAGCGAGUGGAGAAAGGCCUGAAGCUCUUCGCCCAGCUCAUCAACAACAAGGUGUUCCUGCUGUCCUUCAUCCGCACUCUCGAGUCCCAGCGCAGCUUCUCCAUGCGCGACCGUGGCAACGUGGCCUCGCUCAUCAUGACGGUGCUGCAGAGCAAGCUCGAGUACGCCACUGACGUGCUGAAGCAGCUGCUGGCCGACCUCAUCGACAAGAACCUGGAGAGCAAGAACCACCCCAAGCUGCUGCUCAGGAGGACCGAGUCGGUGGCUGAGAAGAUGCUGACCAAUUGGUUCACUUUCCUCCUCUACAAGUUCCUCAAGGAGUGCGCUGGGGAGCCCCUCUUCUCCCUGUUCUGUGCCAUCAAGCAGCAGAUGGAGAAGGGCCCCAUCGACGCCAUCACGGGCGAGGCCCGCUACUCCCUGAGUGAGGACAAGCUCAUCCGCCAGCAGAUCGACUACAAAACCCUGGUCCUGAGCUGUGUCAGCCCAGACAAUGCCAACAGCCCCGAGGUCCCAGUGAAGAUCCUCAACUGUGACACCAUCACUCAGGUCAAGGAGAAGAUUCUGGAUGCCAUAUUCAAGAACGUGCCCUGCUCCCACCGGCCCAAGGCUGCAGAUAUGGACCUGGAGUGGCGACAAGGAAGCGGGGCAAGGAUGAUCCUGCAGGAUGAAGACAUCACCACCAAGAUCGAGAAUGACUGGAAGCGGCUGAACACCCUGGCCCACUACCAGGUGCCAGACGGUUCUGUGGUGGCUUUAGUGUCCAAGCAGGUGACAGCCUAUAACACAGUGAACAACUCCACAGUCUCAAGGACCUCAGCGAGCAAAUAUGAAAACAUGAUCCGGUACACGGGCAGCCCUGACAGCCUCCGCUCACGAACACCCAUGAUCACUCCCGACCUGGAGAGCGGCGUCAAGAUGUGGCAUCUGGUGAAGAACCACGAGCACGGGGACCAGAAAGAGGGCGACCGGGGGAGCAAGAUGGUGUCCGAAAUCUACCUGACGCGGCUCCUGGCCACUAAGGGCACGCUGCAGAAGUUUGUGGAUGACCUCUUUGAGACCAUCUUCAGCACGGCGCACCGCGGCUCCGCCCUGCCCCUGGCCAUAAAGUACAUGUUCGACUUCCUGGAUGAGCAGGCGGACAAGCACGGCAUCCACGACCCGCACGUGCGCCACACCUGGAAGAGCAACUGCCUGCCGCUGCGGUUUUGGGUGAACAUGAUCAAAAACCCACAGUUCGUGUUCGACAUCCACAAGAACAGCAUCACAGACGCCUGCCUGUCGGUGGUGGCGCAGACCUUCAUGGACUCCUGCUCCACGUCGGAGCACCGGCUGGGCAAGGACUCGCCCUCCAACAAGCUGCUCUACGCCAAGGACAUCCCCAGCUACAAGAACUGGGUGGAGCGGUAUUACUCAGACAUCGGGAAGAUGCCGGCCAUCAGCGACCAGGACAUGAACGCGUACCUGGCCGAGCAGUCCCGGAUGCACAUGAAUGAGUUCAACACCAUGAGUGCACUCUCGGAGAUCUUCUCCUACGUGGGCAAAUACAGCGAGGAGAUCCUUGGACCUCUGGACCACGACGACCAGUGUGGGAAGCAGAAACUGGCCUACAAACUAGAACAAGUCAUAACCUUCAUGAGCUUAGACAGCUGAGAACCGUCCUUCCAGGGCCACCCUGGAGGGGGGACACACCAAGCCGUGCCUCAGUCUAGAUUAUCAUCUUUACCAAGUGCAAGUUCCGACUGGCAUCAGCAGCAUCCCCUGAGCAGCGCUGUCUCUCUCUCUCUGCCUCUUUGUUUCUCCCUCCUUCCUGGGUCCCUUCUCUUCUAGUUGCUCUGCCAAUGCGACUGGGCUAAGCCACUGGCCCCCAGUUAGUGCAAGGAUGCCCGGGCCCACGGUGAGGGAGCUGGCCACAGGGUGUCAGAGGGGCUGUGCCCCAGCGGCUCCUGACCCGCAUGUCAGCAGCAGGGCCGAAACAUGAGGGGAGCCAGGGAUAGAGGACUUUUCUGUGCUGCUACUUCACCCUCCACUUCAGGAGCCCCCGCUUUGGCCCGAUCCUUGGCCCAGGGAAGAGGCAGCGAGCUCAGUAUUAUCUGCACUGGGAAGACACCGCCUGGCUUUCCCUCCCCACAAUUCCCUCUCCGAGGGGUCGGUCAGCGGUCUGGUCGCUGGGCAGCUGUGAGAAGAGAGGCCACACCUCCCGCAGACGGCUGGAGCAGGGCACGUGUGAGGAGUCGGGGUUCCCCUCGGGGCUGCCUCUCGCCUGCCGAGUUGGCAUCCAGAGGCCUCCUGCCCCCCUCCAAGUGUCCAGGGGAAACUGCCUGCCCAGAUUCUGCCCUCACUGUGGAAAGCCAGGCAGGAGGAAGAAUGGUACUUGCAUUCUACCCUGGACAUGCUCCCAACCGUCUAAUCUCGCUCAGAGCGGCAGAAAUGUCACAUGGAGGGAGAGAAAAGCAAAGAGAGUUGCAUCUACUCUGGAAGCAGCAUUGUUGUGUUCCAUUCACCCCCAAAUUCAAAUGAGUCCCAACCACGGUCAUAGGUCUAGUUCAUUGCCAGAGCCCGAGUGCUGUCUAGAGAAAGCAUCUAUCUCCACCCUCCUUUGUCACCCUCAUCGAGGGUCAGCGUGAAAUGCAGGGUGCAUCUAGGAGAUUCUACCUCCAGCCGUCUCCAUGGCUCCAUCCCUACCAUCCUUCCCGACAACUCCACAGUGGCUGUUCCCCCUGCAGGAUCUGGUGCCAAUGCUAUGCAGAUGACUCUGUCACUGGACUGCCCAGACGUCCUUGUGAAUGACUUCAUCACCGUCUCACUGUCUCUUUUGUCAUUCUCCUUCCUCAUCCCUUCAGCGGUGGUCCCUGAAAGAAACGCGUUCAAGCACAGCCUAGCAGAGACAGACCAAAAUGCCAGCCAACCUCAGCUGUCAGCCCGUCCUGUCUGGGGGGCAUGGAAGAGCUGAUGGACCUGGCUGGAAUGGGAGGAGGGCCACACAGUUGGCCUUGGCCCUGGCAUCCAUCUCUGCAUCUGUCCUUCCAUCUAUGGAUGCACCGUGUUGGCCGUGCUGGGGAAUGUGAGCUCAGAAAUGGAUACUAGGUGAGCAGGGGCUGUGGUCAGAGAAUCUAAAUGGAAGGUCAUGGAAACCUGUCAUCUUAGAGAGACCUUAGACACCACCUGGUCUUGUCUCCCGGCAUAGGCAGGAACUCUCCCGGCAGCUCUGCUCUGGAGCUAUCCGCCACUGUGGGAGACAAGGAGAAGCAUCCUCUAAGGUGAGGUGGAAGCCAAGGGUUCCACACAGUCUUGCCGUCACUUCCUGAGCAGCGGACAUCGUUCCUUCUCAUCCACUCAGAGCGAACCCCACUUGGGGGAGGAACCACACCAUUGCCAGCAAAGUCCAUGGAGCACCCUGUGCUUUUAAGAACACUCGCCCCUUGGGAUGUGAAUAUGUUCACAUGCGUGUGAGCACAUGUGCGUGCAUGCGUGUGUGCGUGUCUGCACAGGUGGAGAGCGCAGAAAGACUGCUCGUCCUAUGUAGGAGGGUUCUGAAGUGUUUCUCUUCCCUGGCCCCUUGCUCACCUACUCAUCCUGCAGCUUCAGGACAUUUCAACACUCGCUCUCUGUGCUGAGAGCCAGUGGCUGAAAGGAGAGGUCGCCUAUCCAUAGGAAAUCAGGGUGGUCACCUGCCAAGGCCCGACUGCAGUGACCUGGAACAGGGUGUCACAAGGCAUUGCAGAAGACAGAUGGUGGAAAAGACACAAGAAACCUAAUGAACAGGAAGAGGAGAAUGGGGAAAAAUGCAUUGGAAGGGGGAAAAAAAUAACCAAAGGUUUGGCAACUACAUGUAGUACCAGGUGGAGAAGCAUGGGUUUUUCUACCCUUGAUCAUUUUGUUUCCUCCCAAGAAGUCACAGGACCUUGCAGAGCAGAAAGAGUGCAUGUGGGAGGCAGGCUGAGGGGGCCUUGGUCACCCAGAUAUUUUUGCACAUGUGAAGGGUUGAGGAGGAGAGGGACAUGAACAUAUUUAACACAGAUUUGCUGGAUGGACACUGUGUGUGUGAGUGCGUGUAUGAGUGAGUGUGUUUUGAUUUAUUUUUUAAGUUUUGCACAGUUAGAAAAAAAUGAACAAGCAGAAAAAAAAAAAGACUGUUGCCACGGUUCUGCUGAAGCUUUUAUUUUUUACCAGAUGAUUAUUAUUGUUAUUAUUACUUUGGCGGUACAGGACUUUUCCCCCCCAUGUUUUUGUUAUAAGAAAAAUUGCAAACACCUCAGAGGAACACAAACAUCAGGAAGAAAGAGGAGACAGGGACAGACCAGUUCCUGGCUUUCCUGGUUUCCCCUGGGGAGGGGCUGGGGCAGGUUGCUGGGGGGGGGGGUUGCCUCUGGUGCUUUGCCUGCAGUCCCUGUGGCCUGCUUGGGGACUGAGAAAUCGGAGCAAGUCACCCAGAGCCAUAGCCCAUCUUGCUCAUAUAAAUCCUCUUUCUUUUUCCUGUUUGUUUUCCAUUUUUUUCCUUUUGGGUUCUUGGUGCAUGUGUGAAGUUUAAAAGCAAAGACAGGCAAGGUUGUCAAAAAAUCUGUCCUGCCCCCCUCCCCCAAAUCUUGUUCUCAAACUCCCGGGUGGGUUCUCUGUCUCCUCUCCUGAGAAGUGCCCAGGUGGCCUGCAGGCUCCCAGGGAGAAGGGAACAAUGGGGCAAACUCGGCCCAGAGGGUGGGAGGCUUCCUCACGCCUCCCUCUGUGUCGAAGUCAUUAGCAGUGCACAAUCUUGUCGAAGGUGGAAACUUCAUCUCACUCCUUGAGUCCUGGGCAGAGGGCAGGGGAGAAAAGACAACUUCCCUCACCACCCCGUAACCCACCCCCUGCACGCCCCUUCCCAGGUCAGAAUGGCACCAGCUCCCGGAGGGGACCGCGGGUGUUGGAGGGAGAAGGGCCGCAGGCUGGUGGUGGUGGGGAGGAAGGAGCUAGCCGGGUCCUAGGCUUAAACGGAUGGGUGGAGGAAGCCGAGGAAGAGAGCUGCAAGCUGGUGGUUUCUCCCGGGCGCAGACUCCCCUGGGCAUGAGCUCUGCAGGGUUCUUCCUUCUUCCCUGCAAGUUAGAGAGACCCUGACAUUUCUUGGUGACUGCAGUUAGUGCCACUAAGUCAAGUUGGCCAUUGCGUCAGUUACUUCCUCAGGAAAAUAUUUUCUUGCCUUCUUUCAAUAUGGUUUUAAAUUUGAGGACAGAAGAUAAACUGAGUGUCCCACAGGCCAAGGUAUGUGACAACCCCAGCGUUACACCCACACCCACAGCCAGCCCCCAGAGCCUCCCUCCCGUGAGCCCAAGGGCCGGGGAGCGAGCUCAGGGAAGCUCUCAGGGGGGCUGUGCCCAAAAGAGAAGUCGUGUUCAGUAGAUUCCAAAGUUUGAGGCAGAUUGUUAAGAAUUGUUCCCAGGGAGAAGCAGGAGUUGCCACCAGGUAAGGUUUCUGGCCUCAUCCCCUCGGGCCCGGCUCCCGCUCCCAGCCCAGGUUAAUGUUGAUGUGCUGUCCUAGCACCUGCCCCCAGCUUUCCUGCCCCUGAGGUCCCUGGUGCUGUGUCCCCCGUUGCAUGUCUGCUUCCGACUGUGCUCCUCCCCCCUCAGUGAGCCCCCUCCUCCUCGUCCCUCCUGCACGUGAAGUUGUCUUCCCAAGGCCAUUUGUCCACCCAAGGAUAGGAGCUGCUCGGCCGUCUCCGUAGACAGGUCGGUCCCAACAGUCCCUCCCAUCCCACCCCACCCAAAGCUGCCUCCUUCGUCCAGCCGAGGCCCUGUGGGUCCCCCAGCAGAGGAGCCACAAGCAGUGACUUCCAUGUGACCUCCCUGCAGGAGGCAAGCCUCUGCCCUGCGUGCAGGCCUCUGAAUGCUCUGUGACUGGAACAGGUCUCGGUGCCACUCGCUUUGACUGCAAGGAAAGCUCCACUUCCAGCCUCGCCCCUUCCCAGCACCAGGGCACUCGCUCUGGCUUCACACAGGCAGAGUCAAACGCUUAGCCCCGUGAAGGGCCAGGAGCAGCCGUCAUCAAGAACAAAGGUCCCCGCCUCACAGACAGACAAGAAGGGCAGGAAAGACAGACAGACGUAGGGAUGUGCUCUGCAGGCAGAAGGCCCAGAGACCCCUCCCCUGGCCCCGACCCCGGCCCUAGCCCCUUCCAGGAGCUGGGAGUCCCAGCGGGCAGUCCCAGCUGGCUCCUCAAGGCCUCUACGAGCAUUUCUGGGAAGGAGUAACCUCCAGGCACCCCCUGCCCAGGGGAGACCCCGCCCAGGCAGCUCACUGUCCUGUCCCCCCACCCCGCCAUCCCUUUUACUCCCCUCCCUUUCCCUAUCAGGACAGGCCUCCCUGACUCCUCAGCCCCUCCCUUUAAAAAAAACUAUGAGCUGUUUAUUUAGGGUUUUGUAGUCAUUUAUUUUUUAUUUAUAUAUUUUAAGAGUUUGAGAGCAAGAAGGGAGCCCAGGUGUGGCUGUAAUGUGCGGGUUACUGUGCACACUAGGUGUGUACAACUCUUCACCUGUGACUUCCAGGCAGAUGAGGACAGCCUCCUCCAACCCCCACGUGCAUUGUCAAGGAAAUGGGCUAGGAAAGUCCCUGGGUGUGGACUUGCCCGGUGAGGGGAGGCCUCCUCCCUGGCUCCUGAUGUUCUCGGAGCUUCCCUGCACUUUUGAUGGACAGAGCCCUGGACGCUACCCCGUCCUCCCAGCUCUGCCACCUCAGCCCACAGGCACUCUGCGUGUAGCAAACGAGAGCCUGAUUUUACAAAGUGGGAAACUGAGGCCCAGCCACAGGUGACAUUGAAGAGGCAGCUCCUGAAAGAGGCUGGGACACUCUUCAAACCUCUUCUCCCCAUGGUGCUCUGAGGGGCACAAGCCCUCAACUGGAAACGAGCCUGGGGCGGUUUGGAAAGUGACCCUCUGCAGUAACCGUUUCAGACAUUCGAGAGAGGGGUUGUGGUUUUUUUUCUUUUUCUUUUACUAUAAAUUUUUGCUCCCCCAUAAAAUUAUGUUUUUAUUAGGGGGAGUAUCCAAGUUUAAAAAAUAUGUAGGAUUUUUAAGUUAUAAAGGUAAUACGUACUCAUUAGAGUCCCAUUUAAAUUCCUUCAGUAGACUGGAGGCUACCAGAAAGUGAAGCAUAGUGAAACCAAACAAAAUCCCUAAUGAACAAGAAGGACUUUCUGUUUGCAUUGGCAGCAAGAGUCAGGUGGGCCAAGUGGGCCGGGUGUCCCUGGCAGGGGGCCUCACCUGCUGCUAUCUCUGUCCAGUCUUGGCUGUCCCGCCUGCCCCGGGGGUUCCUGAGUCUACAGCACAUUCCUAUCAGCUUUCCCCAAACUGCAUGGAGGCCCUGUUAGGACCGGCCAUGGGGGGGGACACAUGAGUGUCCCUCCCCCAAGAAUGCAAAAGCAAGACUCAGUCUAUGCUGCUCAUCUUCCACUGGCUCCUUUUUCAGGAAUUCGGAUUUCUUUUUGUGUUGGUAUCAGUGAUCUUUUGGCUCAAGCACAUUUUGGAAGGACUCCCUUACGAGAGAAUUCGAAACAGAGGAUACAGUUAAAGAACAACCCCAAAGGACACUUAAAAGCAGACACCACUUUGCCAAUCAGGACUCCUGAACGCGCAUGCGUGCAGGUCUGCGGCGACCCAGGCAUGGGCGGAGACGGGACGCGCACGCGUGCUCCUCCGUCCUCCUCCCCUCCCCCUCCCCGACGUGCCCGUCCUGUCAGCUUGUUGGCUUGUGAAACCUUCCGUUCUGUACAAUGAAAAGCUAGUUUACCUCAAAGAAUCUUGUUUCCAUUUGGAAACCCAUGACGUUGUGUUUUAGGGUGGACGCCCCUCCCCUCCGCCACUCCUGGCCGGGCCUGGUGUCCUUGAGACGGAGGCCUGUGCUCGGUGGCGUGUUGGCUGCUCUGAGCGAGGUCUCCAGGCCCGGAGAGGGAGGGAAGGAUUGGAUGCAGCCGCCCUCCUCCCCACUUUAGCGUGUAGGGACCAGCCUAUCUCUUCCAGCAGGGUCCUGCCAAGUUACCAUAGCAACCAGCAACUCCAGGGUACCACAACAGACAAUGGCUCGGCGAGCUGAAGUUGGGGGGUGGGCGGGAAGCAGGGGUUCUGGCCUGGCCCGAUGACCCAGAGUUUAGCCUCAGAUGCUAGAGAGGAAGAGGAGAAGCAGGCAUAGAUGAAGGGGUGGUUUAAGGAACCAGCAGGGGUCCCAGUCUCAGAGAGAGACCAUUGAAGGAUGUAGGGCAGGUCAUCUCUGCUCCAGGCCCCCCUCUUCCAGCCCCAUUCCACUCUGUUUCAAAGUGAAGCCCCCACCUCGAACACUGACCCUUUGUUAGAACAAAGCAAAACCUAUCUUUAGACAACAGUGUUACGAUGAGCCUCAAAUACAGGUGGAUGAGAUCGUUAAGAAGAGGGUCUUCUUGGUUUUGAUUUUUAAAGAAGAGUAUCCUAGUAAGAUUUAAAAAAAGAUUAAAAAAAAAAAACUUUUUAAAAAAGAAACCUAUGCUAUUUCAAUUGGAGCCCAGCUGUAACUUGGUAAAGGCAAGCUUCUGUACCUUUGUUAUAAUUAAUUGUAUACCUGUGUAUGUAAAUAUAAGGCAUUCCUAUUUUGCAGUUCAGAACAAGAAAAAAAAAACUUAUUUGUAAUAUAGAAUAAAGUUUAUUAAAAAAUAAUAAAAAUGCA